AUGAGGAGCAGAGAGUCCAACAGUCAGCAGCAGUUUUCCAACAUGUAAUUUCUUUUCCCGGCGCAGACUAGAACCCGGAGAGACCCCGGCCUCUGAUGGAGAGCAGCUGCACCAACAAGUGGAGGGACUUUUAUUAACUGACUCUUUUGUUUUUCGCCACCGGCUGGGUCACUGAGCUGCGCAGAAACUCUGGGUUUAACCACCGCCUGCCACAAGCAAGAAAGAUGCACACAGUAACAAACGGGCUGCCUGAGCCUUAGUUGGCGGGACAAUGAUGCUGUUUGCAUCCAUCCAUUUCAGCAAUGAAGUAAUGGUAGCUUCCAGCCUGACGGUUAACUUGUCACAGACGCUGCCUCAUCAAAUGAGUCUGCACUGACUCACGUUGGUCCGCUUGGCACAGCAUGGGCAACUCUUCCAGGAAGGACGAGGGGGAGGAAGAGGAAGAGGAGGGGGCAAAGAAAGGUGAUGAAGAGGAUGAAAUUUCAGAAACAAAGGAGGAAGAAGUAGAGGAAGAGCUCCCAUUGGGGGUGGAGGAGUUGUUAGAGAGUGGAGAUCCUGUCUUAGAUUUGAGUUGUCGUAAAUUUAAAAAGUUACCUUCACGCGUUUGUGGACUGAUGCAUCUGGAGAAGCUUUAUGUUUGUGAAAAUCGUCUUCGCACAGUUCCUGACAGCAUCUUCCAGCUGCAGGGUCUGAAGACGCUCGCCCUGGACUUCAACAAGUUGGAAGACGUUCCCUUGGCUGUUUGCGAGCUGACAGGACUCACUCGUCUCUACCUGGGUAGCAACCGACUGAUGAGUCUCCCGCCUGAAAUCAAGAACCUGAAGAAUCUGAGGUGCCUGUCGGUGGAGAGCAACUUCUUCCAGAGAUUUCCACGGGAGGUGUAUGACCUGCCCCACCUGAAGUCCCUGCAAAUCGGAGACAACCGUCUGAAAACGCUCCCUCCUGACCUCACACGCAUGGAAGCACUGAGAGGGUUGUGGCUCUACACAAACCGCUUUGAGACCUUCCCCAAUGUCCUGCUUCACAUGAAGAACUUGGAGAUCCUAGACCUGGACAAAAACAAAUUAUCAGAGCUUCCCAGUCUGAAGCGCCUCAAAUGCCUCCACCUGUUUUCCUACGACCACAAUCCUAUCAAGCAGCCUCCUGCAGUUGGCGAGGAGGUGAUUCUGGUUGGCGAAGGGGCCGCUGAGUUUAUGGAGAUCCGUGAGGCAAGGAAGGAGAGGCGACGGAAAGCCGCUGAGCAAGAGGCGGAGGAAUUGACUAUGGCUGGAGAGGAGCCGGUGAUUCACGGCAUCCUCAAGAACAGCAACUCAAAACCGGCAUCAAAUGAGGAGGAGGUGACCGCCGAAGAUUCAGACGUUAAAGAUGAAGACGCUCUGAUGAUGGAGGAGGAGGAGGGGGAGGAGGGAGGGGAAGAGGAGGACUUAGACGUGGAGCAACCAGUGACGGAUUAUGAAGGAGUGGAUCUUGAAUAUGAUGAGGAGGUGGUUGAGUAUGAGACAGAGGAGAUGAUAUGUGAAGGAGAAGGGGUUGAAUAUGAGGGAGAGGAGCUGGAGUAUGAAAACACUCCCAUGGACUAUGUCUAUGAAGAUGGGGAGGAACUGGAAGACACGGGGAGACAAGAUGAAGGUGCAUAAGAAUCUGCCCAGGUGGACUCGUAUUAAACAUACAGCUUAAAACAACGUGGACAAGCUGUGCUGCUGAUUCACAACCUUUCAACUGUGAAAAUGACCUUAAUUCAUACAUUUCUAAUGAAACAGGUGACAUCUCAGUCAGAUGAUGAAGUGUGGGUGUGUCUGUGAGUGUGUGAUGAAGUACAUUUAACAACAUUAACUAUUUAAGAAAAUCUGCAUCCAUCAUUUAGGUCACAAAUGUCUUUAGACUAAUAUCUCUGCUGACAGUUUCAUGUGUUCAUCUGUAACAUUCCAGGUUGUGUGUGUGUGCAUGUAGAUGUCUGUGCUGGACUUGAGUUUACAAAAUAUGUACGGCACACUAAACACAAAGCCUCCUGUCUGAAUUGUGUAAGCAGCCCAGUGUGUCAGCGCCAAGAAGCAGCGUCACACAUCAGAGGGAAGAGCAGCCGAGGUGUUUCACCAUAAAAGGUUACAUUCUUAAGGAGGCUUUGAAGAUAAAGUAGAUGGGAGGAAAUUAAGAAUGUUUUUUAUCGACUGGAGCAAAAAACCUGGAUGUCCUGCAGGUCAAAACCUUGUGUCUUCUUUUUGUCAUCGACAAGAAGCAGGGCCUUCGUUCUUCUCUCACCUCUGCACUCAGUAUUCAUAAUGGGCUCGAGUGUAAUCCAAUCCUCUUUAUCUGCUCAGAUCUUUUUCUCACAUCUCAUUAACAGAGUGAAAUAUUUAUCUCAGCGCUGGAAUAUUAAUGCCUGCACUCGUGUGGCAGCACGCCGUCUCGUCUGUCAGUGCCAAGGAUGCUGAAGAGCUGAUGUGACUCGCUCAUUUUCACACGAAAUUUAGAAAACACAGUCAAAUUUUAAAACCUUAUGUUGGAUUCAACGGAUUAGCCAUAACAUCAUGACCAUUGACAGAUGCAUUCAGUGCUAGAAACCCAGAAAAAUUACAGUAAAUUCAUUACAGUUUCAUUGAUGUAAUUACUGUUCAUUCGAUACGACUCUGUUCAUAACUCUAAUGGACAGGAUUUCUAGGCAGGGAUGUUGAGGGGAUCCGUUUUGGUGGCCUGAGGAUCAGGUCCCAGCUUUUUGAAUAUGAUGUGGUCCUGUUGGCUUCAUCAGAACACGAUCUCCAGUUUUCACUGGAAUGGUUUGCAGCUGAGAUGAAAAUCAGUUCCUUUAAAUCCAUCCGGGCUCUCCUGCAGAGAUAGUGUGUAAAGCUGAUCCAGGAGGGGCUUGGAGUAGAUCUGCUGCUCUGCCACAUCGAGAAGAACCAGUUGAGGUGCCUCGGGCAUCUAGUUUUAGGAUGCCUCCUGGAUGCCACCUUGGUGAGGUUUUCUGGGCAUGUCCAACUGGGAGGUGACCUGAAGGGAGACCCAGGACACGCUGGAGGGACUAUGUCUCUCACCUGGCCAGGGAACGCCUUGGGAUUACCCCAGUGGAGCUAGCCCAAGUGGCUGGGGAGAGGGAAGUCUGAGUCUCUCUGCUUAGGCUGCUGCCCCUGCGACCCGACUCCGAAUAAGAAGACAAUAGUGGAUGGAUGGAUACAUGAAUAAUGUUAAUGCAAUGACCUCUGCUAGACUUUUGCAGUUAUGAUGCUGUUGACAAAAUUAGAGAUGUGUUAAAGCUAACACCCUCUGGAUAGCAUACUCACUUUGCCAAUGCUAACUCUACAGAAACCUGUGAAUCUCAGUUUUUGGAGUAAUUGCCCAACAUCUCAUAAUUUAUUCAUUUGUGAAAGCCUAACAUUAAACUACAUCUAACUGUUUUGCCCUAAAAUAAUUACAUUUUUUUCUUUAAUAAAAGCACAAAAACGACAUAAAUUAUACAAUAAAAUUUCUAACUUUACUAUUAUAUGGCUAUUAAAUAUGUGGUAUGACUUAAAUGAAUAAUGAUGUUUUUGAAAAGGGAUAAAAUUUUGACCAAUUAGGCAGCGGCUAAUGCUUUCCCCUUCCUGUGAUUUAUUCUGCUGAAUAUAGCUAAUACUCACUUCCAUCAAUAAAACCAGAAAGCAUUCUUAAACACCAUAAAAACGUUAAAGCUCAGUCACUACCAGCUUAAAUCUGAUGUUAACAUUCAUGAAUGCAGAUUUAGGAAGCCUGAGCUACGUGUGUUGAUUUUUACUAGAGGAAUGACUUACAUGCCUUCAUUUUCUGUCUAGCAAGGAUUUGGUUCUGUUCUGCACUAAAUUAGUGGAAACUGUAUUUGUAGAGGAAAUAGUGGCAUCCAGGUGACCCAGUAUGAAAAACAAGGGAUAGAUUUGAAAUGAACAUUUUUAGAGAAAGAAAAAGGUAGAUCUCCACAUAAGGAAGCCCAGAAGCACACAAAGAGGUAAACGCUCAAACAAGACAGAAUUAAGAGGCUACAGCAUUUAGGGUAAACCAAUGAAAACCAGUACGUCGCUGAGGGAUGGGGAUUAAAUACUGCGAGAUUAUCACAAAAAAAUUUAAGAUAAACAAACAAACAAAGCACAAGCACAAGCCCCAACAUCUUAACAAUUGGGUGUAUAAUGAUUAUAAGGGUUAGUAAGUUCUUCUCUGUGUGUGAGGAAACUCUGCAGAUCCAGAAGCCAGCCUUCGUUCCAGAGCGGGUCCACAGCAGCAUGAAGCUGUUAUAAUUCACACACCAUGUCUCUGUUGGAAUCUCUGUCCUCCCACUCAGACCAAAGUCUGCCGCUCGUCCUUCAGCUCUGGGUGACUGAACCAUCUGACACUCCACAGAAGCUCAUUCACAUCAGCACCACCAGCAGGCAAAAGUGUCUUGCCCCAGGACACAACAGCAGAAUUCUCUGUUCAGAGUUGGGAUUGAACCUGCAACCUUCUGAUUACUGGACAACCUGCUCUACUUCCUGAGCUAUUGCUGUCCCCAGACAUCUGCUUCAGCCCUUAACUGAUCCCAAACACACCAAUAAACGGUUUGGCAAUUAGUACAAACUAAAUACCCAAAAGGAUGUGCUGACGAAGAUUGUUAGCUUCAUGAUGUAAUCCAUGCAGGUUUAAGAAGCUUUUAAAGUCAACCUGUGAAGUCAAAGGACAUUUGAGUCUAAGUGGCACGUGUCUGAUCGUUUGUGUGUCAACAUUUGGGCGUGUUACCGUCCAUGUCUCGAUGAUGAAAGCCCGUUUUUAUUUUGCUGGCGAUGAUUCGGGCUGCGGGAUCAAAACGCAGCGUUCUCACAUCACCGUGAUCGCAAAAGCUGGAAUGAAAUAAAUAAAACAUGUUCUAUGGACGGUAUUUUAUUUCUAUUCCAAUUAAUUUUGUGUCAUAAAGUUUCUCUAUAUAAGAUUUUUAUUUCAGAUACAAACAUUAUCAGACACACCUCAUAGUAGGAGAACUUCCAUCACAACCAA